AUGCCACCGCAGCAGAAGCGCCAGCGCUUGAAGUGGGUGCCCAGGGCAAAGCCGAAGGCGAAAGCGGCUGCGACGCCCGAGACUGGAGUUGCCAAUGCAGUGGCUGCUGCCGAACCAACGGAUGCAGGCCCCAGCGCGGCGAAAGAGGUUCCACUGAAGGAGGAGCCCCCUGCCCAGCGAGAGACGGGUGCCCUGAAGGAAGAGGAUCCGAAGGCCUCGUUGAGCGGUGCUGCGACGUCCUCGGCGAGUGAAGCAGGUGUUGUGCCGCCGGAGGAAUCGCCGACGAGGAAACGCCAGGAGCCGCCCGUGAUAGAGUUACCCAGCACGCCGCGGGAGACGCUGCUGAAGGACCUCAGGGGCUUGCUCCACUUCCUUUGGGUUCACGACGGCGCCCUCGGUACUGGUAUCUCCCUGUUCGAUCGCAGCGACAGUGAAAUCUGCAGCGACAGGGAACUCCUUGCAGGAGCAGCUGCAGGGGGACAGCCGGAGCUGAAUUUCGAUGACUUUUUCGAUUUCGCACGUGCGCUGCCAGUCACCCACGUCGUCCACGGCAGAGCUGGCUCGCUCUGGAGCGACGUGACCAGCACGUGGCUUCGCAUGGAGCUGCCAGCCGCCACUGUCGCCGACAGCACGGAGGUGACGAACGCAGGAGAUUCCUGGAAUCCCGGCCCGAUGGUCACCUACCAUGGGACGAGGUGGCCGAAGCUGCCGUUCAUCCUUCGCCAGGGGCAGCUGCGAUCGGGGCCUCGGGAGGCCGGGGGCCAUCGAGGCGUCUGGAGCUCUCCGAGUUUCAAGGUCGCCGAAACCUACUCUUGGCCCGAGCCUUUGGCGGGCGCCAGCAAGGAGCCCUGGAUUCCCUGGAAUUGCGAGGCUCCCUCAGACUCGGAGCCUCCCCCGGAUCGCUUCCAAGUUGUCUUAGAGCUGGAGAUACAGGAAUGGAAGAAGCACGCUCGGCAC